CUUGAGACUACUUAUGCUUUGGAUGUGAUCCUCUGAGUGUUAUUACGAUGGCUGAAGACACUGAAGCGGAUUCAAAGGCAGAACCAUUCUUCUAUACGAAACGCGCGAAACAAUAUGUCGAUCUACAUGACCAGAUAGAGACUAGCGUCGGGCUGUUGGACUCUCUUGAAGGUUUCUUGUCGACGUUCCAGACUGACCUUACGGCUGUCUCUGGACAGAUAUCGACUUUGCAGGAUAGGAGUAAGGAUAUUGAGAAUAGGUUAAAGUCGAGGAAGAGAAUUGAGAAGCCGUUAUCUAGCCUUCUAUCCGAUUUGGGAAUAGCUCCGUCACUCGCUACGACGAUUCUGGAUACGGACGUGGAUGAGAGAUGGUUGAGUGUGAUCCCUGAUUUUGAGAGGAGGUUGAGUGCUGUGAACGCGAGGAAACGUGUCAAGGCUGCGAGGGAUUUGUCGGAGGUGACUGAGGGGUUGCGUAUCGUGGCAGCUACGAAGAUCCGCGUAUUCUUCCUCACGCUUCUCCAACCCGUUCGAACGAGCAUGACGACGAACAUGCAAGUCCUACAAACCUCUGUACUGCUAAAAUACAAAACCCUGUAUGAGUUUUUGCAAAAUCAUGCAGAGGACGUGGCGAAGGAGGUGGAGAGGUCGUAUAUUAUUGCGGCGAGGGUGUAUUAUGAGACGGGGUUUAGGAGGUAUAUUAGGAGUUUGGGGUGGAUUAAGGCUAGGACGACUGAGAAAUCUGAGCUUAUUGGAGGAUCGGAUGCGAAUGUUGAGUUCUCUGUUGAUGAGGCUCGCUUGGCCCAUGCACGACUCGAUGGACCUCCUGUCGUGCAAGCGUACAUCGCGGAAAAUAAGACUCAUAAAGAGCCACUCGAAGCACUCUUCCGCUCGAUGUUAAUGGUACUAAUGGACAACGCUUCCGCCGAAUACACUUUCGUGACGACGUUCUUUCCGAAGCCCCCACAGGAUUCUAAUACGAAAACUUCGGAACAAUCAUCUAUUCCACUCUUUUCACCAGCUUACUCUCAAGAGUUGGCUGGGGGUGAAGGGAGAAGAGUAAGCGUUGGCACGGAAACGAUAGGCAGUCCACCGAUGCGUCGACGAGAGAGCCUUGCACAGUCGGUGGCGAAUGGAGUACAUAGUCGUACAGGCUCCGGGCCAGCGUUGCAGAGUGUGUCAAAGGAAGAAAUGUCGGCGUUGACGAGUAUUUGGAAGCAGGUUACGGAGCCUACGUUAAAUUACUGUCAAACUUUUGCGAACUCAAUUCUCGACCCUGCCCCACCCGUCAUCCCAUUACUCACAAUGAUCCGCAUGAUGGAAAACACACUCGCGGAGGUGCAAAAUCGUGGAUGUGCUCCGUUGGAGAACUGGUUGUUUGGUUUGAGGAUGCAGUUCUGGCCGGUUUUUCAGAAGCAGAUGACAGAGCAUGUUGCGAGUUUGACGAAGUUGACUGAAGCUGUUUCGGGAGGGUAUUUCAGGAGGACGACGGGGCCUAGUGAUUCGUUAGUUCAGGUGAUCGCACGACGCUAUGUCGCUAUCUUCUGGUCAUUUAUCAUCCUGACAGAGACGGAAGAAGAGACGAUGAUUUUCUCAAACCUUGCCCGUUUGCGCCAGGAACUUACGACUCUGAUCGUCAACCAAUCCAAACGGAUAGCAGAUCCGCUGAAAAGCGCAACGUUCCAAUCGACACUAUUCGAGAUGUUGUUACAAGCUAUGAGCAAAAACCAAUACUCAAUGUCUCACCCCAAAGCCCAAUCCGAGCUGGCAUAUUGGCGGGAAAGAGAAGAAGAGUCGCGUAGACGUAUGACUUCGACGUUGACUACACGGCAGGCUCGUUAG